AUGGAUACUGAAGUUUCAAACCACAACUACACUCAAGCCGUUGCUUACUUGAACAGAGCUACUUCUUCCUGCGUCAAGAAGUGCGACUCUCUCAAUAAUAACGGAAGUCUUUCUUCCAAGCAAGAAAGCUGCCUUAAAACUUGCGCUGAAAAUCACGCUAUUGCAACUAAAAUUCACGCUGAAUAUAUUAGAAAGCUUGCUGAAUCUAAGUACUUGUGA